AUGGCGUCUGCUCUGCCGGGUUUUCCCCGGACAGUAUUCACCAUUUUAGAACCCCUGUCGCUAGUCGCAGGGUUCCUGGGAGUCGUCGUAAACCCGGAUCAGUUUGUCACUGAUCAGAUAAUCCAGCAGACCCCGCCUCUGCACUCGGACAAUGGUCGCAUGGUGACUUUGCAGCUGGGAAACCUCUACCUCCUGCUCGCCAUGAUCGGUGUCGCGGUCUUGUCCUCCACGAGCGAGAUCAGAGUAGUACGGAACUACCUCGUCGCGCUGUGGGUGGCCGACCUUGGGCACCUGUGGGCUUGUUACCAUGGUCUGGGGUAUGGCAAGUUUGUCGACGUUGCGCAGUGGAACGCCAUGACGUGGGGCAACGUCGGCGCGACUGUGAGCAUGACUACAUUCCACCCACUGCAUCGAUGCCUGCUGACUGAUUGA